AUGAUGUCUCGGAGAGCUCUUCUAAGCGUUCCGCGCAUUAUCACCACAUCGGUCCAACCCUCCGUCCGCCCUUCACUCGCAUCACCACUUUUAAGGCCUGCUGCCACACAACCAUCACAACGAAGAUCAUAUCAUGAGAAGGUUUUGGACCACUAUUCAAAACCUAGAAAUGUCGGAAGCAUGAAUAAAAACGACUCCGACGUCGGAACCGGUCUUGUCGGCGCCCCAGCCUGUGGUGAUGUCAUGAAGCUCCAGAUCAAAGUCGACCCCAACAACCAGACCAUCGCAGAUGUGAAGUUCAAGACUUUCGGCUGCGGAUCGGCAAUUGCAUCGUCAUCGUAUUUGACGGAAUUGGUACGCGGCAUGACUCUCGAGCAAGCCGGAAAGAUCAAAAAUACGCAGAUAGCCAAGGAGCUCUGUCUCCCCCCGGUUAAGCUCCAUUGCUCGAUGCUUGCUGAGGAUGCUAUCAAGUCUGCCAUCAAAGACUAUACCCGCAAAAGUAUGCAGUAUCUUAUCACAGGUGAUGAGCAAUUGACUAAUUAUCUUCCAGACCCUCGUGCUAAGGCAACUGAUUUGGGAUCUGCAUCAACGAUGCCAAAGAUUGAAAUCGAAAAGGUAACCACGACAGCAGGCGCAAGUGCAACAGUAUAA